AUGUACCGUUCUGGGGCUGCAACCCCUAAUCGAGGUGGGUUGCCAACAGACGGUGGAGAUUCUGUCGUGACACUCGACCAAAUCCCAUGUUGGAGUGACUCCGAAUUUAGAUACUCGUAUGGAAAUGAAGAUUCGGGCUUCCAGAAUUCUUGUUUUCCGGACCCUUUGACGUCUGCCUCUGAAGGAGAGAACAGCGGAAAUGGGAUGGUUUCCAGGUUUCCCGUUGACCGUGAAAUAAACUCGAAGAUUUAUCUUUGGAGAGGGAACCCGUGGAAUCUCGAGGUGGAUGCUGUAGUUAAUUCAACAAACGAGAACUUAGAUGAAGCUCACAGCAGCCCGGGGUUGCAUGCUGCGGCGGGACCAGGUCUGGCAGAAGAAUGUGCAACAUUGGGUGGCUGCCGAACAGGGAUGGCAAAAGUUACUAGUGCUUAUGACCUUCCAGCAAGGCGGAUUAUACAUACUGUUGGUCCUAAGUAUGCCGUAAAAUAUCAUACUGCUGCAGAGAAUGCUCUUAGUCAUUGCUAUCGGUCUUGCCUUGAACUUCUCAUUGAUAAUGGUCUCCGGAGCAUUGCUACGAGCUGUAUAUAUACAGAAGCUAAAAAUUACCCACGAGAACCUGCUGCACAUGUGGCCAUAAGGACUGUGAGACGAUUUCUGGAGAAACAGAAAGAUAAAGUGGAUGCAGUUGUAUUUUGUACUACAACUACAUCUGAUACGGAUAUAUAUAAAAGAUUGCUACCCCUUUACUUUCCACGUGAUAAACUCGAGGAAGAGGUUGCUAUUUCGAAACUUCCUGCUGAUGUUGGAGAUGAAAAUGGUGAAACGGUUAUAAAUGAACGCAAAAUCAGAAUAAAGCCAUUACCCAAUUUGAAGAAGACUAUUCCGAAAUCUCCUCAAUCCUCUUCAGAUCUUCAAGUCACAGAUAUUGGGUUGGCACGAAAGGACUCGUCUUACUUGGAUUCGUAUCUGGAUCCUUCUUUUAUGUCCUUGAUCAAGGAUCCAGAUCAAAGACGCCAAGAACAAUGGGAAAAGGCUGCCCAGGCUCGAAAUAGUUGGAAUUUCGCUAAGAUUCUUGGAUAUGGAGACCUUGGGGGUCCUCCUUUAUCUGCUGCUGAAGAAUAUUCUAUCCAUUCUAGAUAUCUUGCUAAAGCAAAUUCCCUUAAUCUUUCUGACAUUGCUGAAAUGAAAAUCGUAUAUCGAGGUGGGGUUGAUAGUGAAGGUCGUCCAGUAAUGGUGGUUGUUGGAGCACAUUUUCUCCUCAGAUGUCUUGAUCUAGAGCGGUUUAUUCUGUAUGUCGUGAAGGAGUUUGAACCCUUGAUACAGAAGCCGUACAGCAUAGUGUAUUUCCACUCUGCAGCAUCCUUGCAGAUGCAACCAGAUCUCGGGUGGAUGAAGAGAUUAGAGCAAAUUCUUGGUCGCAAACACCAGCGUAAUCUUCAUGCAAUAUAUGUCCUUCAUCCAACUUUUGGACUGAAAGCCGCAAUAUUCGCCAUGCAGUUAUUCGUAGAUAAUAUGGUAUGGAAGAAGGUGGUAUACGUUGAUCGUCUUCUGCAGCUGUUCAGAUAUGUCCCUCGCGAACAAUUGACUAUUCCUGAUUUUGUGUUCCAGCAUGAUUUAGAAGUGAAUGGAGGAAAGGGUGUUAUCAUGGAUCCAAGAACAAAAUACGUCUACCAAAGACCAUAG